UCUAAUCAUUCAACUAAUCCACAGCCAAUCAAUUUAAACAUGGAAAGGGAAAAUUAGGGCAAAGUUAAAUGUUACCAUAGCUUUCCACGUUCUUCUUCCCUUCACAAGACUAAACAGCGGCCGGAGAUGCUCUUCUCUCUGUCAACGAACGUACGGCAGCCGGAGAUCCUCUUCCUCAUCAACGACAGUGAUACAUAGUUCCGAUAUACGCCGUUGCAUCAAUUCGGUCCUCGCUUGUUUCUAUCUUCUUCUCCUACUUCUCCGAACACUCAACGGCGACGGUCUUCCCUUCUAACUCCGAUCCAACUUUCUCCGUCAUCGUAACACUGAAACCAUACAACAUCACUCUCUCUGCUUUUAAUCUCGAACUCUCUUGUUCGCCUCUCACUCUCGUGGUCUCUCUUCUUCGUUGAACAUGUUGUAGUGUCAUUGUCGUUGUUUGCAGAUUAUUGAUGAUGCAAUGAAGGCAAAGCGUGAAGAUGAUUGAUAAUGUUGAAUAUUUGACGACGAUGAUUGAUGCGUGGUGUUGCCGAUUGAAGGAUUGUGCAUUGAGUUUUGUGGAUGAUUAUCGCCAUGGAGGAUUCUCGAAGAUACAACGUGAAUUGAAGAAUGAAGAUAGAGGAAGCUCGAAGAGGAGAUUGAAUCUCAAGUUUGUUACAAAUUCAGUUAGAUUUCUGUUACAGAUUGGUGAAUCAGUGGUUCCAGAUGAUGAAGAUUGGAGAGUGAGGAUUUAUGGCGGUGGAGAAAAAAGUCUGUUACGUUUUUCUCCUUCUCUUUUUGUUCUCACUUUUCUGUUAUGCUUUUUUCUGGUUCCGGUUGAUGAAGAGUGGUGAUGAAAUUGAUUUUUCGUUUUCUUUUGCAGAAGUUUGAGAAUGGAGAGAUUGAAGAUUCUUGGAGGUUGAUGAUGAGAUAAUGGAUUCGGUUCAGAUAUGGUUCGAUUUAAGAAUCAGAAGUUUGUUGAUUGAAGUUGAAGAUUAUCAUUGACUUUUGAAGGUUUUUGUGAUGAUUUUGUUAUAGGUUGAAGAAGAUGGAGAGAGAGAUGAAGAUUGAUUGAAGAUUGUUUCUGUUAUGGCUGGAGAUUUCAGAGAUGAUGAAUGAAUGAAUGGUUCAAGCGUGAAUUCAGAGAGAGAGGUAAAAGUUUGUUACAGCUUUCUCUUCAAGAGUGAGUUUCGGUUCUCCUUUGGUCAUCCCAUUUAAGAGUUAGUUAUAACUCUGGUUUUGUAGAGUAUUUUCUGAAUUCUUCU